AUAUUUCGAUGUUUUUAUGAUUAUCAACGUUCUUCAAUGCAAUAUCGUAAACUAUAAUGUAGCAGAUGUAUAACCUUGCGUACGGGAUAACGUGAAACAAAUGUUGAAAAUAAUUAAGAAGCAGAAAAAAAAUAAAAUUCUACUAGUGUGAAAAGAUUUGGAAUAAUAGAAGCAAUUUAAGCGAACAAGGAGAAUUUAAACUAAUAUAAAGUAGUGGAAGAAAAUCAGUAGGAGGGGGUGGAAAGCUUUGUACGGUUUGUACGCAGAAAGACUGGCAGCACCGGCGCUUCAAGAAACGUAUCCUCGCAUCUGUGCCCUCGGUACUCUCGGUAGUGCAACGCUCGUGCUAGUUUUCUUUCGAAAGGGCUCCAGAGAGGAAGGUAGAGUGGGGGGUGCAGGCAAGAGGUCGAAAACGAAAGAAUAUUGUGCCCGAUUCUAGGACUUCGAUCUCGUUAAGAAUUUUUAAUAACCGUGACGCGACGCAGUCGUGGGAAUUAAAUGGACGAAAGGCGAGGAGAUACAACAUGGUGUGGAGACGCGCAUCGUAAAGCAGGUUCGAUUCGACGGACGUAAGAAGGAAGAAGGUAAUAGGAGAGAGGUGUACAGAGGAAAAAAGAAGAAAAUAGGUGCGUGAGGACGCGUCGUGAGUCGUCGCCGUGCGGGUGGGAGGCGAGGGCGACGGCGGCGUGGUGAAAGCUCGAACUAGGGAAAAAUUCGGCGGUAACCGGUAGCACGGAGAAGCUGCCAAGGUGUUCCGAAGCGCAGCAGCAGCGGCCCAGGAUGCUGCCCGACGGAGCAAGAAAAUGGCCGUGAUCGGCGAGCAGAGAUAUUACACGGCGGUCCGUGCGAACGCGUACACGGAGUUAUCGUGUCGUAGGUUCGAGGUGGCGACAGCUAUAUCGCCGACCACCUCGUCCUCGACGUUAUCGUCCCGUCAUUGUCGACAGAGGAAAAAGCUACAUUCCGUCGAGUUAGCUAUGUCCUCUUCGCGGGGCAGCGGCCCAGAAUCGGGGGAACUGAGCGAUUCCGAGGAUGGCUAUUUAGACACGGAUCCGCUGAGGUAUGAGCUAAAAAAUAUACAAAAUGUGAUACACGUCACUCGGCAAAACAUUGACGCUCUAAACAACCGGUUCGCUGGAUUUCAAGAUCCACCUUCGAUAUAUUUAAGUGAAUAUCAAGAGUUAACUACCAAGCUGCAUGAUUUAGAAUGUAAGGAGCAGAAACUCAAUGAAUUGUUGAAUGCUGGGCGAGUAUCUGGUAGUGCUUCGACAUCAGAGAGUGAAUCUCGUGAUGUUAAUGCAUCUGCUAGAGGCCAGAGAACGCCUAUGAGAUCUCUGCUCAGGGCACAUUUACCUAAUCAACAACGUACAAGCGUACAGGUUCGCGAAGGACUUUCAUUAAGGGAUGCACUUGCCAAAGCAAUGAAAUUAAGGAAUUUAACGACAGAAAUGUGUGUAGUAUAUAUCCUGGGUGAAGGUAAAAACAAAUACAUUACUUCCUGGGACACGGACAUCUCUUUGCUUGAUUGCGAUGAAAUAUCUGUGGAGAUCAUAGAUAAGUUCCCUAUAGCUACUUCCAUUUCACAUAAUUUUGUGCGCAAGACUUUCUUCUCAUUAGCAUUUUGUGAAUGCUGUAGAAAGCUACUAUUCCAGGGAUUUUAUUGUAGAACAUGCAAUUAUCGAUUCCAUCAAAGAUGUGCAGCUGGUGUACCUGCUUUGUGCCACCAAGUACGCAUGCAGGAUGCGUAUUAUCAAGUGUUGCUGGCACAUAAUCUUGAAAGUACUGCUGGAAUAUUGCAACUUCCUUCUGGAUAUGGAUUAAGUAGAAGUAUGUCUCCAUCCCUCGCUCCAUCAAGAAAUCGAAGGCAUCUACGUUCUUUGGGACAACAAGAUCGUUCAAGUUCUGCGCCUAAUGUUUGCUUCAAUAUGGUAAAGCCAACUGGAGAGUCUGUUAAUCUAGACGAAUAUAGUAGAUCUCAGAGUUUAGGUCGACCUGUGACUAUCACGCAAAGUGCUGCUUCGCCUGGUAGCAGUCCAACUAAACACAGUCAAUCGACGCAGGCUAGUCCCACCAGUACCUUGAGGCCAAAAAGACCAAGAGCAAGAUCAGCAGAUGAAUCAUCGAAAAAUCUGUUAGCACCUAGAGAAUCCAUAGAGGAUUGGGAAAUCCCAGCAGAUGAAAUUUUAAUUGGAGCUCGUAUUGGAUCGGGUUCUUUUGGAACAGUAUACAAGGCUCACUGGCACGGACCUGUAGCUGUGAAGACACUCAAUGUUAAGAUCCCGACUGCUGCUCAAUUGCAAGCAUUUAAGAACGAGGUUGCAGUUUUACGUAAAACGCGACAUGUAAAUAUUCUUCUGUUCAUGGGAUGCGUCAGCAAACCGAAGUUAGCAAUUGUUACUCAAUGGUGCGAGGGUUCUUCGCUGUAUAAACAUUUACAUGUAUUCGAGACAAAGUUUGAUCUGUUUACAUUGAUCGAGAUCGGAAGACAGACUGCACAAGGAAUGGAUUAUCUGCAUGCAAAAAAUAUUAUCCACCGAGACUUGAAGAGCAACAACAUAUUCCUGCACGAUGACCUCACUGUGAAAAUUGGAGAUUUCGGCUUGGCCACAGCGAAAACUAGAUGGUCUGGCUCUCAACAAUUUCAUCAACCAACAGGAUCUAUCUUGUGGAUGGCACCAGAAGUCAUAAGAAUGCAAGAAGAAAAUCCAUAUAGCUUUCAGUCAGAUGUUUACGCAUUCGGCGUCGUUCUGUUCGAAUUGUUAUCUGGGCAAUUACCAUAUUCCCAUGUUAAUAACAAGGAUCAGAUAUUGUUCAUGGUUGGACGUGGAAACUUGCGUCCGGAUUUGAAUAAAUUGCGUUCAGAUGCACCGAAAGCAUUGAAAAGACUGACAGAGGAUUGCAUCAAAUUUUCUCGAGACGAGAGGCCGAUAUUUCGUCAGAUCUUAGCUAAUUUAGAAGGUCUUUCGCGUUUGCCGAAAAUUACGAGAUCAGCAUCUGAACCAAACUUAAACAGAACGCAGCUUAAUUCGGAUGAUUUUGUAUACACUUGUGCUUCGCCAAAAACUCCAGUGAACUUUCAGUUCGGAGCGUUCUCCUUUUAUCCUUCCGGUGGAAACAUAUAAGAAAAACUAUUGUCUGAAAUAAUGAGAAUCCGACACGCUCGCAUAAAAUUAAAUAUUUACAGAAUUUUAAAACAAUAACAAAAUUAUAAUAAAUUUAGCUAUGAACAAUCUGCGCAAUUCUUUCCGACACUUUGACUGUGUUGCAACUGUUCGCUCGAUGUAGAACGUGAUUAUAAAAUACCUAAUGCAAUUAAGAAGAAAAAAUAAAUAAGAACAGAAAAAUUCAUCUCAUUACUUAGACAGCUGCUUUGAUAUAUGAAUAACGAGAAUUGGAUUAUCAUUAGCCUUUGGUAUAUAAAUAUUCUUUUUUGUACGUGUUUCAAAUGUUUAUUUUUUCCUUUAUUGUCUUUUUCAAUGAAUUUGCUACUUCCCCUCGAUCUUAAAUCUAAUUUCAUUUGUUUAUUUUUCUUAAUGUCAUUAUUUUUAGUGUAAAGAAUCUAGGUAAAUCAUCAACGACAAUCUGUUGAUAAAUUUGUUUAAAUGCAGCUUGCUGAUCAACUUUAUAUCAUGCUCAUCAUAAACAUUCACGAUGAAAUCUAAUUUUGAACUAUUUUCUUUACCAAUUUCUGUUACUAUUAUAUAUAAAUCUAACGUAAAAAAUAAUUUGAUGUCCGUGGUAGUAGUAUUUUUGACAAAAAUAUGCGAUUUUUGGCAAAUUUAAUAGUUUCAGUUUCAGAUAAUGUUUGAAUACCAUUGGCUAAACCUGUAUGUACCUUCAGUUACUGUUACUAAAAGCCGAUAUUUUAUCAGUAAAUUGCAUUCUAUUUUCACUUUUUAAACUAUCAUUAGUAAAAAUUAUAGUAUUUAUCAUAUUAUCAUGUUAAAGUCAGGACUUGGUGUUCUUAAUACGUACAUUAAGAGCUCCUCAAAGACCAUGUUAUAGACGGUCUGCAAUAAAACUUUUGUUAUUUGUUAGACAUUCUUGCAGUUUUUAUGAAUGGUUGUAUUCAGGAUGCGUGCUUCAUUCAGCAAUUCAUCUUAUUAAUUGACGUAUCUGAUGUAUCUCAUGACAAGAUGCAUGUGUAGCUUUUACCUUUACAAUAUUUACUAUCUAAUGAGAGAGAUUUUCGUUUGUCGACUUUACUCGCUCGUGUAUAAAAGCAUAUUCAUAAAUAGCGCGAACGAGCGCGCGUGUACACGUAUCGGUGUAGAGGUCUGUUACUUUUGCGGAAUCCUUAUGAAGGAUGUAAAAAUAAUGUAAGUAAUAGGAGUAACGGCAUUUAAAUUCGCACGGGCCGUGUCGUUUGUCUGCGAAGUAUUUUUGCAAACGCCGAAGUGAUUUUUGUACCUACUUCCUUCAUCUGUCUUCAAUAUGCUCACGUAACAAUUGUUCCUUCUCAUAAAUUAUAAUUUAUAGUUUAAUGUUAAAAUUGUACAUAGGUUUUCAUUAAAAGAUUACAUAUAUUGUUUUUGAAAGUGACAUGUAGACAGUUUAAAAUUAUACUAACUAAUAGUUAUUUUGUAGCGUAAUACAUUUUACAACAAUUACCUCCUUUUUUGUAGUAAUUGUUUUUCCAUAUUUACUAAUAAUCAUAUUCGACUGAUUUUUGUACAUAUUUCCUUCUAUUAGAAGUAAAUCUUUUUGGUCGUAAGAAAACCGAAAGAUUGUAUUGUAUUAAAAACAUGACAAUUCAAAUUGAAAGUCAAAUAAAAGAUGAUGCGUGUAGGUAUGUAUAGUUGGUCAUUACUUUAAGACUUUAUCGACAUUACGAACUACGAUAAAUCGUUCAUUAGUCGUUCUGUGUUGAUUUGAUUCGAGACAUCGUUACGAAUUAGGGGCCUAAAAAUCAUUGUAAACAUUUAUCGCAAUUACUAACGAGAGUAACAUCGCGUUGCGAUUUAGAUUGGAAACGAGAUCGACUAAUUUCCAUUUACUUAGCUCCUCCCCUAACUUUUUAGUCGAUUGUUCCUCGCAUAUUAAUAUUUAUUCAUUUUUACUGUUACCCUUUUGUAAGUUUUUUAUCUGCUAUAUUUUUUGAGGCUCCGAAUGCAGGAAGAGGCGCGAAUUUCACUUCGAAUUCGUAUAGUUAAUGAAUGCCAGCAUCGAACAUCUAAGUUCUUAUAACAUGGCAAUCGAAACUUUUGUUACGACUGAAAACGCGUUCAAGUUAAGACUCGACAAGCCGAAAAUGCAUAACAUAUAUUAUUAGGGAAAUGCGCGCGAAGAUUGCAACAAGAGUAUGAAAGAUGUAUGUACAGCGAAAAAAAAGAUUUUCGAAGUAUACUGUAUAUCGAAUUGUUUACGAUCGUAAUUCACAAAAUGCGAUUUCUAGUAGUAAAAAAUAUUAGCGGAACUUCAUAUACUAUAAUAAAUCAUACUUACUACGUAAUAAUUACGUAUUGAUUCGAACGCGUAAGCAUCCUAAAAUUUGAGAUCAGCACGAUGACGACAAUUCGUCGCACGUCGAUAUACGUUUCUGAAGCGGCCUAAGGAGCAAACCUUCAGAAUUUCAUUAGUUAGAACGAGAGUUAUUGUUUCUAAAGCACGUGGCAUCCCGAUGUAUUAUUUAUUUAUUUAUAUGUAAUCCAAGUGUGAUGAACUGCAAUUAACAAUUAAAAAGGAAGAACGAAAAGGACUUAAGUGCCGGAUUUUAAAAUCUUGUCGAGAAUGCGUGAAGUAGUGAAAACGUGGCUCAUACAGGGGAACGUGUGCGAAUGAGGAGAGCAAGAGAGCGAGAGAAGUGAAGAGAAUAGAUAAUGAUAAAGAGAAACAUAAGAAAUACCGAUGAACGCACUUGUCAUUGUUAAUGAUGGUUUCAUCUAAUAGGGAACCAAUGAAUUGUAAAACACAAAAUUUCUAUGUUGCAAAAACAUUAUUAAAAGCAUAUAAAAAAAUAAUCGAAACGAGGAGGAUACUGUGCGAGGUGCGGGGAAUGAUUAUUUUAAAAUGGUUUUCUGACAUUUCUUUAUUAGUGCAAUUUACGGAGUACAAACCUUCAUUCUCGAUAUAGAAUGAUAAUACUGUAUGAUAUUUAGAAUUAUAGACAAGAAAAUUAAGUUCUGUAUUCCUUGGUUGCGUUAACAUAUUGUUGUAUUGUUUGUGUUUUUUUUUUAACAUGAUAAAUCAUUUGCAAACCUAUUUUGUAGAGUACGAUUUAUUAAUAGACUUUUGACAAUGUCAAUCAAAAUUUGUUGACCCUCGGUUAAUAAUCU